UGGUUUUCGUCACUGAUCUCCGUCCGCCAUUUUAAUCAACGCGGCACUUUAUUCGUGUUGAAGUCUUUGACCUUUUAAAUCCACAACCAGUUACGUAGCAAGCCUCGGAUAAAACUAAAUACACUCCAAAAUGCAGGCCGAAGAACAAGGUGACUUCAGCACCGACGAGUUUGCAGAAGGCUCCAAGAUAAACGCGAGUAAAAACCAGCAGGAUGACGGGAAGAUGUUCAUCGGUGGACUCAGUUGGGACACCAGCAAGAAAGACCUGACUGACUACCUGUCCAAGUUUGGAGAGGUCCUCGAUUGCACCAUCAAAACAGACCCCAUGACGGGCCGCUCCAGGGGCUUCGGCUUCGUGCUCUUCAGAGACGCUGAGAGCGUUGACAAGGUGCUGGAGCUGAAGGAGCACACGCUGGACGGGAAGCUGAUCGAUCCCAAGAGAGCCAAAGCCAUGAAGGGCAAGGAGCCGCCCAAGAAGGUGUUCGUCGGCGGUCUGAGUCCGGACACGUCUGAGGAACAGAUCCGCGAGUACUUCGGCGCUUAUGGAGAAAUUGAAAACAUUGAGCUCCCCAUCGACACCAAAACAAAUGAAAGACGGGGUUUCUGCUUCGUGACGUAUGUUUUAGAGGAUCCCGUCCAGCAGCUGCUGGAGAACAGAUACCAUCAGAUUGGAUCAGGGAAGUGUGAGGUCAAAGUUGCGCAGCCUAAAGAGGUGUACAGACAGCAGCAGGGCCGAGCGGACCGCGGCUUCGGAGGAGGACGAGGGGGCUUCAGGGGCCGAGGAAGAGGACAGGGCCAGGGCUAUAAUCAAGGCUACAACAACUACUACGGCCAGAGCUACGGAGGCUACGGCGACGGAUACAACCAGGGCUACAACGGCUAUUCUGGCUAUGACUAUUCAGGAUACAACUAUCCGAAUUAUGGCUAUGGACAAGGCUAUGAUGAUUACAGUGGUCAACAGAGCAGUUAUGGCAAGGCCUCGCGGGAAAGCGGCACCCAUCAGAACAGCUACCAGCCGUAUUGAUAAAGUGGCUAACACGUUCAUGUUCAUGGUAAGGUCACAUCUCUGCUGCGUUCUGGACCCGACCUCAAUGUUAAAGAUCAAUAGACACUAUCUAAAAAAAAAAAGCUAAGGCCUUACGCAUAUCAAUGCACCCACAUGUCUAUAGAUCUUUAAUCACUCUCGUUUGUGUAGCUAUUUUGCCUUUUUAGCGUGUCAGAAAAACGUAAGCGUUUUUCCUGUAGGUUUUCCUUUUCCUCCUCCUGCUUUAACAGGUGAUCAUGAUAGACUUGAUAGCAAUGCUAACAGGUAAAGUACAGCUAAGGGGUACAGAGUCCUGAUUUUCCCUUUCUUUCCCUAAUUCUGAUUAUUGUACCUUGUUUGUACCUGCCAGCGGGGACUUCAUUGCAGGCCGUGUGUCGCCUGACCACGUCAUUCUCUGGGCGUCGCAGAGAGCACGGCAUGCACGAGAAACGCUGUCCUGUGGUAUGGUCUCUUCAAACUUCCUGUACCAGCGUAAAACAAACACAAAGACAAAGGAGAUUCCCCCAUUUGCCUUAAGUUGUUGGUUUCCGUUAACUGUUCCAAAUGUGUUUCUUCCAGGACUUUUUUAACGUAACCUAAAAGUGAUUCAUAACUUCUCUUUUUUCGAUUGUAGUGCUCUUGUGUUUCAGUUGUGGAGCUUCAGUGGUUUAUUAUUUGUAUUUCUUUGGUUUCGAUCACACCUCCCUUGUAUAAAUAAAUGCAUAAACUCUCUCAUAAUGCUUGCUUUUUCUUUAGAGGCCAUAGAGAAACUUCAAAUGGGUUCACCUCAAAGGCUUUUCCUUAAGUGUAGCCUUUAAAGAUCAUAUGUAAAGUGGGUUUGCCAAGCCAUUGAAAGCUGACAAAUCUGUGUUAGACAGAUGUCACGUAUGGGCCGAAUGCAAAUGAUGAUUUUGGGUUUAAAGGGAAGACGCUUGGUUCGCUCCUUGAUUGGUCCACCAACCGCCUGGAGCUCAAGCUUUUGCUGUUUUGUCAAUCUAAGACGCCGUCCAACAUAUGAUCUUUAAUCCUUAAUGAUGGUUUUCCUAGUUUAAAAUCGACAGCUCAAGAAGUUAAACACUGAAACAUGGACGUGCUGUUGUUGUUUUUUCCUGACCCUGUCCAAAUCAGAGUUGUUCAUCUUGCGUAUCUUCUCUUGUAGGUCGGCAGGCUGACUUCAACAUUGCUCCUCGGAGGAUUCCUGUCCUUAAACAACCAUUAAAAAACAUUGUCCAGUGUCUAAACCUUGUAAAUAGCGAGGCGUUUUGUUUCCAAGUUUGUCUUGAACCUGUAGGUUUUGUGCUGAUGUGUUCUUAAGUCUCGAAUAGAGAAAGUGUCCUUUAUUUUGUAUUUUAGUUCAUUUCCUGAAGGUUUUUGCAUAUAAAGGGAUUAAAACUUGAGAAAAAU